UUUUCCUCCUCGAUUAACAAAGCCCUUCAUCCCGGCACCUCCAUGUUGCCUAUUUAUAUCAAGAAUUGCGGUGGCGGUGGUGUUCAGACUUGAGCAUCUCCGGCGAUCCUCCGACCAUCUCCUAUCUAUAUCUAGCUUUCGAGGGGAUUCAGUCGAGGAUCCGUUUUGACGGCGAGAUGAGCCGCGACCGGAGAAAGCAGAAGCUGGACCUGAAGCUGAACUUGUCGCUGGUUCCGGCGCGCGGGGAGUCAUCGAGUAGGAGGAGGUCGGCGGCGGCGGCGGCGGAGAGCGAGGAGGCGUCGUCGCCGAGCUCGUGCUUGUCGUCGGAGGCGCAGCAGGGGACCCCCGAGGAGGCCGCGUCGAUGGUGGUGGGCGGGUGCCCGCGCUGCCUCAUGUACGUGAUGCUCUCCGCCGCCGACCUCCGCUGCCCCAGGUGCGGCACCGCCGUCCUCUUCGACUUCUCCGGCGGCGGAGGCGCCGCCGCCGCCAAGAGCAGGGCAUGACGUUGAGCUGACUCAUGCUGAUUAAACUGCAACGCCUAGUUUCAUUUUAUUCACUUUUUUUUUCUUCUUUCUUUUAAUUUCAAUCUCUGGCCUGCUUAAUUAUCGUUCUUUCCUUCUCUUCCAGAAAA